AUGAAUUUCGUGGACAAUGACUCGCGUCCAUCAUCGGCUUCAAGCCAGUCGCCAAUUGUCUCUUCUGCCCCUACUACUCCCGAUGACGGAGUGCAAGAAGCCAUUGCAAAUGUGCAAAGAGCAGCACAAGCAGAUAAAACCAAGACCGGCCAAACCCACGCUGAUUUCCUCGAGGCGGUUCGACAGCUGAAUCUGGUGGCAGAAGCACCUCAGGAGACCCUGAUGAGGAUUCGUUUCGAGGUACAAAUGCACUCCAGUCCCAUUCACAUCCCUUUACAAGUUGCUGCAAUACGCUUGACGUUGGAGAUCGGAGCAUUGGAUGCUCUCGUAUCGCAGGAUGGAGAGAAGAUCACCGCCCAAGAACUUGCAGAGAUCACUGGUUACAAUGCUUUGAUGAUUGAACGCGUAAUGCGUCUUGUCACAUGGUGCGGGGUCUGCGACGAGGCAGGCACUGCAACAUACGUGGCCAAUCCGACGACCCGACUCAUCGUCGCACCCGGUGGAGCUGGCGGACUGAAGCAUAUUUAUGACCUCUCUUUCCCUAUCGCAUCGAAAUUGAUGGACUACCUCCACGAGACCAAGAUUCACCAAUUCCCCACACCCCCUCAAAAGACCGCCUUUGAACAUACCUUCGGACAAAACCUCUGGGAUCACAUGGCAGACAAUCCAAAGCUACGCAAAUCAUUUGACGACUACAUGGCUGCACGAAGAAAUGGGAUACAAUCGUGGUAUGAGACAUACCCUAUCGCGACAGAGCUAUUCCCCGACACGAGAGCAGACUCGGUCAUGCUGGUGGACAUUGGCGGCAAUCUCGGCCAUGAAGCCGCGAGCUUCCACGCUGCACGCCCUGAUCACCCUGGCAGAGUUAUAUUACAAGAUCUGGAGUCCAUGAUCCAGACAGUGAAGGACAAUGGCACAUCGGAAGGCGUGGAGCCCAUGGCCUACAAUUUCUUCGAGGAGCAACCAGUCAAAGGGGCGAGGGCAUAUUACCUACGAAGCGUACUGCACGAUUGGGAUGAUCCCUCGAGCGAGAAGAUCUUGAGCAACACUGCGAAGGCAAUGGAACCUGAAUACUCGAGGCUUCUGAUCGAUGAGUAUGUGCUGCCUGAUAUGAAGGCGCCGAUCCGUGGCAGCUCAUUAGAUUUCCUCAUGAUGAUGCUCUGCGGGGGCAUUGAGCGGACGAAAAGCCAGUGGGAGAGCCUAUUAGGGAGGUGUGGACUGGAGAUUGUGAAGAUCUGGGGUGGGAGGAGCGAUUAUGAGCAGGUCAUCGAAGCGAAGUUGAAAAAGUAG